UUUCGUAAUCAACAAAAAUCAAUGGCGAGACUCUUCGUCUCCAUCCCUAUGCUAACGGCAUCGUCGGCGUUUUCUCAGCCUCUGUUUCAGCAGCCGGCGAGAAAUUUCGUCGAUGUAGGGACGGGGGUACCAUGUCUUAAUCGGCGAAUCAGCGACUGUUCUGUGGUGGCGCGAGCAGGGCCCAGUACGAGUAGCUACUUGCUCGCGUUCGCAAUUCCCGCUACUCUUAUAGCCGCCACUGUUUUCACUUCAGCCAAAAUCGCUGAUAAGCUCGACGAUGACUUCCUCGAGGAUAUUGCGUUGAACCAAGCGAUAAAAGCAGCAGAAGAUGGAGAGAAUGGUCAAGGUGAAACCUCUCUGGACGAUUUGAUUAAAGAACCUGUGCUUCAACGAACCCGUAAACGGCCGAAGCGUGAAGUUUAAGCAAAACACA